UUAUUGCAAAAUACCCACUUCAUCACACAGAUGUGAGAGAGAGAGAAAGCCUCCGUGAUUUCUGCUACGAAUAAAAACGAAAAAGAAAAAACUUUCAUUAUAUAAAGACAUUUUAGAGUUUCUCUGCUGCUAAAGAACUGAAAAACUUUAACUGGGUCUGUGUUUGCUCUGGUUGAAUCUCAUUGCUUUAUUUGUUUAUUUAUUUAUUUAUUUUCAAUAAAAAAAGAAGAAAACUUUGAAAGCGAAAUUCCAGCCUAUGAAGGAUGACAGAUUGACAGUAUGACAAAUAACUGCCAUCAGAUCAGAGGGCUGACGUGCUGGGCAGUGAGCGAGCCGUAAGGGCAGGUGUCGAAGAGCUACGCAUUAUUUUCGUUCUGUUUCUAACAAAAUCUUUUUCCCUCUGUUUCGCUUGGCUUUUCCUCUCUCCACUUUUCUCUCCAUCGAAUAGCAUCGUUUGCUUUUCUGUUUUUCCUUUUUUUUUUUUUUGUUUUUCCCUUUUUUUUUUUUUUUUUUGGUGGGGAAAAUCCCAUCACACGGUUCGAUAUUUUUUAUGAGACAAGUCAUAGAAUAUACCAAUCCGACGAUUCUGCUUUCUUCCUCAACGUAAAAGGUUGAUUGGGCAAAGUGAGAAGGGAUUCCCUUUGAUCUAUCAGUGAUCUGGGAUUUUUCCUCAAUUGGAUUAGUCAGAAGAGGGGUGGCAAUCGAUUCUGACAGAAAGAUGAGUGGAGCUGUGCUUGUGGCUGUUGCUGCUGCUGUUGGUAACUUGUUGCAAGGAUGGGAUAAUGCAACUAUAGCAGGAGCUGUUUUGUAUAUAAAGAAGGAAUUCAAUUUGGAAAGUAAUCCUACCGUAGAGGGGCUUAUCGUGGCUACGUCGCUAAUUGGAGCCACGUUAAUCACAACAUGCUCUGGAGGCAUAUCAGAUUGGCUAGGCCGCCGUCCCUUGCUUAUCUUAUCAUCUGUGCUUUAUUUUGUUAGCGGUAUUGUGAUGUUGUGGGCUCCCAAUGUUUAUGUCCUGCUCUUAGCGAGGCUUUUAGAUGGAUUUGGAAUCGGUCUGGCAGUUACUCUUGUCCCAGUUUACAUAUCUGAGACAGCCCCACCUGAAAUUAGGGGAUCAUUAAAUACCCUUCCACAGUUCACUGGUUCUGUUGGGAUGUUUCUGUCCUAUUGCAUGGUUUUUGGAAUGUCUCUAAUGAAUGCGCCGAGCUGGAGGUUGAUGCUUGGGGUUCUUUCCAUUCCCUCUAUUAUUUUUUUUGUCUUAACUGUGUUUUACUUGCCUGAGUCUCCACGAUGGCUUGUGAGCAAGGGCCGGAUGCUUGAAGCAAAGAAAGUUUUACAGAGGCUGCGUGGAAGAGAAGAUGUUGCAGGCGAGAUGGCUUUACUGGUUGAGGGCCUUGGAGUUGGGGGUGAAACAUCCAUAGAGGAGUACAUAAUUGGCCCAGCCAAUGAACUUGCUGAUGACCACGAUCCAUCUGCUGAUAAAGAUAAAAUCAAGUUGUAUGGGCCUGAACAAGGUCUCUCCUGGGUUGCCAGACCUGUCACUGGGCAGAGUACUCUUGGCCUUGUGUCUCGGCAUGGAAGUUUGGCAAAUCAGAGUGGAAUUGUUGAUCCUCUUGUUACUCUUUUUGGCAGUGUUCAUGAGAAGCUUCCUGAAUCUGGAAGCAUGAGAAGCACACUCUUUCCACACUUUGGCAGCAUGUUCAGUGUGGGAGGAAAUCAACCUAGAAAUGAAGAGUGGGAUGAAGAGAGCCUUGCAAGAGAAGGUGAGGAGUAUACAUCAGAUGCUGCUGGGGCUGAGUCUGAUGACAAUUUGCACAGUCCGUUGAUAUCACGUCAGACAACAAGCAUGGAAAAAGACAUGGUUGCCCCUUCUCAUGGAAGCCUUACAAGCAUGAGGCAGAGCAGUAUAUUGCAAGGAAAUGCUGGAGAAGGUAGCACUGGGAUUGGUGGUGGUUGGCAGUUGGCAUGGAAAUGGACUGAGAAAGAAGGCCAAGAUGGAAAGAAGCAAGGAGGUUUUAAAAGAAUUUAUUUACAUGAAGAAGGUGUCUCUGGAUCUCGACGUGGGUCUAUAGUUUCCAUUGCUGGUGGUGAUGCCCCAGCAGAUGGUGAGUUCGUCCAAGCUUCUGCUCUGGUUAGCCAACCAGCUCUUUAUUCAAGGGAACUUAUUCAUCAGAAUCCCGUUGGACCAGCUAUGGUUCACCCAUCUACAACGGCUACGAAAGGGCCAAGUUUUAGUGAUCUUUUUGAACCGGGAGUCAAACAUGCUUUGGUUGUUGGCGUGGGAAUUCAAAUCCUUCAGCAGUUCUCUGGAAUAAAUGGGGUUCUCUACUACACACCUCAAAUUCUUGAGCAGGCAGGUGUUGGAGUUCUUCUGUCCAACUUGGGUCUUAGUUCAUCAUCUACAUCUCUGCUUAUUAGUACAUUAACAACUUUGCUGAUGCUUCCUUGUAUAGCUGUUGCCAUGAGGCUUAUGGAUAUCGCUGGCAGGAGGAGUUUAUUGCUCAGCACGAUCCCCAUUUUGAUAACGGCUCUUGUGAUCUUGGUCCUUGGGAGCAUUGUAGAUUUGGGCAGUGUUUUGAAUGCAGCUAUCUCAACCAUUAGUGUUAUAGUCUACUUCUGUUGCUUUGUAAUGGGUUUUGGACCAAUUCCUAACAUUCUCUGUGCCGAAAUCUUUCCGACCCGCGUUCGUGGACUCUGCAUUGCCAUCUGCGCUCUCACGUUCUGGAUUGGCGACAUCAUUGUUACCUACACGCUCCCUGUGAUGCUCAAAUCUGUUGGCCUUUCUGGUGUUUUCGGGAUUUAUGCGGUCGUAUGCGUCAUAUCAUGGGUGUUUGUGUUCUUGAAAGUGCCGGAAACCAAGGGGAUGCCACUCGAAGUCAUCACUGAGUUCUUCUCUGUUGGUGCGAAGCAGGUUGCAGCUUCCAAGAACAAUUGAUUUGGUCCGAAAUGGAUUUACAAAAAAAAAAAAAGAAAAAAAAAAGGAAUUAAAAUUUUGACGUUUGUUUUCAUUUCUUUGUUGUGUAUGGAUUUUUUGGAAUUCUGUGUUUGAUUUGUGUAGAAAGAACCAUUUCUUUCCUCUCUCAUUUGUUAUACAUGAAAAUGAACAAGCUUCAGAGGUUUCUGUAUAA